AAGCCAGCGGGUUUAGGCAUGUCCCCUGCCAAGGGCCGGGGGAAGAGUACAGGCGGGAUCCGACACCGUGUCAAGAAUGUGGGUCCAGAUGGAUUCCUUCAAUGUUGGCUUCACAUGUUGGGCGCCCUCGAGACAUGUCUCAGAGCCGACCGCAAGCCCGGUGCGCCUCAGCCUCUUCUUGUCAGUCUGGUCAAGUAGCUUGAGCCGCCUUUGCAUCCGAAAACGCACACGCGCAGCUCACACACACCCGCACAUGAGCUGACACGGAGGGGGUGCAUCCGCUGACCACUUCAUGCCGCCUCGGUCCGCAGCAGCCACGACAUUCCUCCUCCUUGGCGCCGUCACCUGAAGAAACGCGACCUCGCCGAGCUGAGGUUCGGACCACAAUCCUUGCCAUAUACGCGGCUCUCACGUCACUUGCUCACAUCUGAGCGGGCUGCAAACCUGCAUGAAGCCCGCGUCGUCGACGCCGAGCUGAGUUAUCGACCAUGGCGAGCGGCGCGCUGCCCCGGGGCGCCAAGUACAAGGAGAAGGCCGGCACGCCGUACCGGCCCAAAAGACUCCCACGCCGUCCCAACAGGAGACAAGUGGUGGUGUACACACUGGUAUUCUUCCUGGUCGUGAUACUAAUCCCGGUGCCCGGGUUUACAUCAUUCAGAGGAUCAGUACUGGACCUCAUCAUCCCGGGGCACGCCGUCCCCAAGAGACUGACGCCGGCGCGGGGCGUCCUGAGGUACAUCGACCCCCUGAUCGGCACGACCAACGGCGGCCAUGUGUUCCCCGGCGCGACGCUGCCGUACGGCAUGGCCAAGCCCGUGGCCGACUCGGCCAACACGCACGAGAACGCGGCGGGCUACGUGGAGGACAUGAGCUUCAUCAGCGGCUUCUCGCACCUGCACGACUCGGGCACGGGCGGGCGGCCCUCGAUGGGCCAGUUCCCCCUGUUCGUGCACCCGGGCUGCCCGGACGACGACGUGGCCAGGUGCAAGUACAUGACGCUCACCCGGGCCGUGAUGCGGUGGCCGCUCUCCUCCAAGGCCAAACCGGGCUACUUCUCCAUCCGGCUCAAGAACUCGGUCGCCGCGGAGAUGACGGCGGCCGAGCACACGGCGCUGUACCGGUUCCGCUUCCCGGACAAGGACAGCCCCCAGGACGGCGACGGCAAGAGCGUGCCGUACUCGCCGCUGAUCCUGGUGGACCUCAACGACCUGGACAACACACGGCACGGCGGCGGGAUCCGCGUCGACGCGGACACGGGCGGCGGCGCGCGUAUCACAGGUGACAGCAAGUACCGGCCGUCGUUUGGCACCGGCGAGUACGACGCCUUCUUCUGCGCCGACUUCAAGGGCGCCACGGUGCGCAAGGCGGGCACCUUCAUGCAGGACGUCCCCGACGCGGGCCGCCGCAUCCUCGAGAACGACCCCGGCGGCGACUUCAGCCUCCCCGGCGGCUCGGUCGGCGGCUGGGUCCAGUUCGAGAGGCCGCCCGGGGACGAGAUCCUGGCGCGCGUCGGGCUGAGCUUCAUCUCGCGCGAGCAGGCGUGCCGGAACGCCGAGGCGGAGAUCCCCGGGUGGGACUUUGCGGGCGUGCGGGCGCGGGUGGAGGACGCGUGGGCCGACAAGCUGAGCGUCGUCGAGGUGGACGAGGCGGAUGUCGACCCGGCGCUGCUGGUGACGUUCUGGUCUGGGCUGUACAGGACGAUGCUGUCGCCGCAGAACUAUACCGGGGAGAACCAGCUGUGGAAGUCGGAUGAGCCUUACUUUGACUCGUUCUACUGCAUCUGGGACUCGUUCCGUGCUCAGCAUCCCCUGCUGAGCAUCAUCGACCCCAACGCGCAGGCCCAAAUGGUCCGCACACUGGUCGAUAUCUAUCGAAACCUUGGCAAACUGCCAGACUGCCGCAUGGCCUUCUGCAAGGGCUUCACACAAGGCGGUACCAACGCCGAUGUCGUGAUCGCAGACGCGUUCCUCAAGGGCAUCACGGACGGCAUCGACUGGGAGACAGCCUACGCAGCAGUCAUAUCCGACGCCGAGGAGGAGCCGCUGAGCUGGAACACGGAGGGCCGCGGCAACCUGGUCAGCUACCACAAGCUGGGGUACAUCCCCUACGACGACCAGGACACCAACGGCACGGGGCGGAGCACGCGCAGCAUCUCACGCACAGUCGAGUACGCGUACGACGACUUCGCCAUCGCCCUCCUCGCAAAGGGGCUGGGCAAGGAGGACGACUACCACAAGUACAUGCAGCGCAGCGGCAACUGGCGCAACCUGUGGAACCCGGAACAGGGCGACGUGCUGGUGCAGCCCAGCAGGCAGCUCGGGGCCGAGGAGGAGGAGCACGUGUGGAGCGACUGGAAGGGGUUCCUGCAGGAGCGCGGCGUGGACGGCAGCUGGCGGUACCACAACACGCGGACGUGCAGCCCCGUGCACGAGAUGCACCGGUGCUACCUGGACACGGGCAUGGGCACGUACGAGGGCAGCCCGUGGCUGUACAGCUUCUUCGUGCCGCAGGACAUGGCGGGCCUGAUCCGGGCGAUGGGCGGGCCGCAGCUCUUCGCGCGGCGGCUCGGCUACUUCCACGAGAGCGGCAUCAUCUACAUGGGCAACGAGCAGUCCUUCCUGCCCGUGUUCCAGUUCCACUACGCCGGCCGGCCCGGGCUGAGCUCGUACUGGGCGCACCGGUACAUCCCCAGCCUGUUCAACACGACCUUCAACGGCAUCCCCGGCAACGACGACUGCGCGAUGGGCGCCUUCUCGGGCCUGGCCAUGAUGGGCUUCUUCCCCGUGGCGGGCCAGGACGUGUACCUGCUCACGCCGCCCUUCUUCCGCGAGGUGAGGCUCAGGGCGAGGAGCGGGCGCUGGUCCGUCAUCAGGGUGGCCAACUUCGACCCCACGUACGAGGCCAAGUACAUCCAGAGCGCCACGCUCGACGGGAAGCCCUGGACCCGGAGCUGGAUCACGCACGACUUCUUUGUCAGGGGCGGCGUGCUGGAGUUUGUGGUGGGCACGAGGGAGGGUAGCUGGGGCACCGCCGACGAGGACCUGCCGCCGAGCUGGUCCGUCAAGGCGAUCGGGUAGAUGUGUGUAGUCAUAGUCGUCGUAUAAUAGCAUAUUGAGAGUGAGAGUUGUUGCCAUGAUGAGUGUUGACAUCAGGUCGAUGAACGAAC